CUGUGAGGGGGGACAUUGGGAUUGGGCCAGUGUUUCUCCUGUCAUACUACUUCCGGGUCACACGGGAAAUAAACAGCUAGUUUGGCUGUGAAAGAAAUGCAUGUACCUCGGCCGUUAGAUAAAGCGAAUUUGUUACUUGAAAUUAUCUGCUGAGGCUUCCUUCUUUGGCCCCAGCCUCUGCCGUGGCACAUAUAUCCACUGAGCAACAUGACAGAGCCACGCAGCCCAGGAAUGUCCUCUGUCCCCCAGACAGCCCCUGUGCACACCGACUCCGCCUCUCCGGCUGUAGAGAUGGACCCAGUGGAGUACACCCUUAGGAAGCGCCUCCCCCGGAAACUCCCAAAGAGACGGAACGACGUCUACGUCAACAUGAAGACUGAUUUCCGGGCUCAGCUGGCACGCUGCCAGAAGCUGCUGGAAGGCGGGGGUCACAGGGAGAUCUGCGUCCAUGGCCUGGGCCUGGCCAUCAACAGGGCAAUCAACAUCGCCCUUCAGCUGCAGGCCAGCAGCCAGGGGGUGCUGCAGCUGGCAGCCAACACCUCCACGGUGGAGCUCGUAGACGACCUGGAGCCUGAAGAUCCUGAUGAGGCCGGGGAGCCCAUGACGCGCACUCGUAACAACUCUGCCAUUCAUAUUAAGGUUUUCUACCCUGACCCUCAGUGACCUGAAAAGAUUUGUGUCGUGUAUAGGUUCUCUAUUUGUCUUCAAGUCAUAGUUAUGCCCUCAGAAGCCAGUAGACCAAUAUAACCUUGUGGUCUGGUGGACAUGUGAUGACAGCAGCUGAAGACUGCAGAAUGGAGCAGACAACAUACAGGACGUUUAUCAGUAAACUGAGUCAUGACAUCUUUAGUUGAUUAAAUAUUAUGGUCUUUUGUCAUGUGUUUUGUCACUUGCAAAUCGCUGCUGUUGUUCUGUUUUUCACUUUGCAUGUCUUGAAGCAACAACAGUGUUGUUUGCCGAGUGAAACCUCAGUGUAAUUUAGUACUUGUAGACAUAGCUGUGCCAAAUGUAAAUUAAUAUAAGUGUCUUUUAUUUUAAGGCCUAAGAGUCUGUACAAGUGUUUACAGUUUUUUGUCUGUAUGUUUUUAAACAUACAAAUAAUAUGGAACAGGUGUUGUUGUGAUAAAUGUCCACUAGAGGGCAGUAGUCUUUAAAUUUGGAUUCAGAUCGUUGUGCUGCUCAACUGUUCAUGUUCAAAAUGAGACACUGUAUUUGAUUUCUUGACAAAAUAAAUUGAGCUGGAAUGUA